GCUACGGCCACGCGGCUCACCGCUUCCUUCCGCGCGGGCGCCGCACGCCCACGCACCCGGAUUGCGGCGCUGCGCUCGCAAAUCCGCUAGCAAUUGCACCAGCCACCACCGCAAGUUCCGCAACGCCACAACCGUCCCCCUUCUUUCUCUCACCUCUCCUUCGUCUCCUGGUCUUCUCCAUCCUGCGGGGCAAGUCGCGAGGGGAGGAUAGGUAGAGAGGACAAGGAUCAGAAUUAGUCACGCACCGAGGAGAGCCAGGAGAGAGAGGAAAAAAACUUCCUUUUUCCUCGCCUUCUCCUUCGCCUUUCCCGGUCGCGUUUCUUGGUUCUUGUGUGUGUGCCGCCGUCCCUGAAUCCCCCGGCGGAUUCUUGCGUCUGGGCGUGGCAAUCUUUCGACUUUCCUGAAUGCCCUGUAACCGAAGAACUGAAUCGAAUUUGAACAGAACGUAAAUUUAAUCUGCAAGAGGAAGGGCCGGUGGUUUUGAUAGGGGCGAGGGCGGCCGAUCGGUCCGCGAUGGCGCCGCCGUCGAGGGACUUCUGGCUCGGUUUCUUCCGCGGCGCCGGGGACAGCAUCUUCGACGCCAUCGACGCGGCCAUCACCAUCGCCGCGUUCGACCACCCCGGCGCCCUCCGCUCGCGGCGCGACGGCAUCGCCGAGCGCCUCUUCACCGCGCUCGCGGUGAACGGCGCGACGGCGGUGGCGGCGGCCCCGGGAGCGGCGGGGGGAACCCCCGUGACGGGGGCGCUGACGCCGGCGCAGCUUCUUCCCGAGGGCGCCGGCAGCGUGCCCAGCCUCUGCAGCUCCGACCGCGCCGAGGCCAUCAUUGACGACGGCGUCCCACGCAGGGACGAUUCCGUCCUCACCGAGGCCGAGCGCAUCAAGGCCAUCCUCCUCAACGACCAAGAAAAGUCGGAGGCCGCGUUGCUCGAGCUGCUCCAGCGGCUGCAGCUGUUGGACCUCACGAUGGACAACUUGGAGGCCACUGCGAUUGGCAAGGCGGUGGGCAACUUCCGGAAGCACAGCUCCAAGCAGAUUCGGAGCCUCGUCAGAUCGCUCAUCGAAGGUUGGAAGCAUACAGUUGAUGUGUAUCUUGCUCGCUGCGGAGACACCGUUGUAGAUUACACACCUCAGUCCAUGGGUCCUUCCAGUCUGGAGCAGGAGGAUCAAGGGGCGGCUUCUACCCCCAUGGAUGAAGGCGCCCUCUUUGCUACGCCAAGCACUUCCAUUCGGCUGUCCGAGGAAAACCCAGGUUCCAAGUUCUCUGAUGGAAUGGAUGAGGAUGGAAGCAUCAGGAACAAUGCUGGUAGGGAUGGUGGCCAGCGGUAUCCGGUGAGCCAAGAACCAGUUAGAAGGGCACUGCCAAUGGGCCAGCGGUAUGAUCCUGAACAGAGCUGGAGGCAAGAACAAUCUGUGAUUAGGCAGACGAAAGAGCAAUUCGUUGCGGAGAUGCUUGCGAGACCCCCAAACACAGAGUCAGGUCCUGGGAGACCUCAGGCAAGGCCUAGGCAGCAUCAAGAUGCCUCACUAGCUCAAGGCAGGCGGCCUUCAACUCCAUCUGAUAUACCAGUGAUCCACCAUGAUGAAAAUUCUGUUCGUGCAAAGCUAGAGCUUGCAAAGAAUGCAAAGCUAGAGGCGACUAAGCGAAAGCUUCAGGAAGGCUACCAAGAAUUUGAUAAUGCAAAGAAGCAGAGAACCAUUCAAAUGGUGGAUCCACAAAAUUUACCAAAGCAAGGGAACCGGAAUUUCCAACCUAGUGGCAGUAGCAAACCAAGGAAUAACAGCAGCAGCAACCGGAAUUGGUCAAGAUGAGGCACUAAUUCCAAUCAACGCCAGUGAUCAUAGGUUGCAACCCACAAGUUUCCCUUCAAAAUUCUUCUUCUUCUCGCCUUUUUAUCGGUACCUUAAUUUGUAUGCAUCCUGACAUUAGUCAUAAUGUCUGGUCCUAGUGUUUGUCAAACUUGUAAAUAUAUGAUGCCGAGUCCUAAUACUAGUUCUGAUCUUGAGCUCCCAAAUUGCUGGUUUGCCUCGUUUGGAAUGUAGAAUGCUUUCUACACUGUCA